AUGCCAUCAAUAGAAAAGGAUACGCCGAUAGGUAGCCCGAGUGAUCCUCCACUCCCCUCACCUUCCCAGCUCGAAAUGCCUUCCUCUGCUCCCAUCGAAGCGCAUACAGCUUCAGGACCAUCGUUGAUCAUUGCGACCGAACAUGACCCGCAUACCAGGUCACUCGUCUUCAAGCGUCUACGCAAGGUCCUGCCGUUACCAUCACCGUUCAUGGCCAAUUGCAUGUUAGCCACACUCUUCUGGGUCAUGAUUCUCGCUGGAUGGAACGACGCAAGUCAAGGACCACUCCUCCCCUCACUUCAAGACUACUACAACGUCAACUACCUUGUCAUCUCCAUCAUCUGGAUCGGAAACUUUACAGGAUUCAUGACGAGUGGUAUAUCGAAUGUCUUUCUCACAGACCGAUUCGGAUUCGGGAUCGUCGCUCCGUUCGGUUCAGCCAUGCAAGGUGUCGCCUAUAUCCUCAUGGCAACAGGUGGACCAUACCCUUUGUUCGUAGUGGCCUACGUGAUCAACGGAUUCGGUCUUGGUCUCCAGGACGCACAAUGCAACUCGCUAGUGUCGAGAUUGGACAAUGCAAAUACGAAAAUGUUCCUCCUUCACGCUUUCUACGGUCUAGGAGCUACCAUCUCACCCUUGGUAUCGACAGAGUUUGUCAAGCGUUUCCAGAGUCAGGUCUACCUAUACUUCUGGGUCUCACUGGGCAUGGCAGCGUUGACGGUCACCUCGCUGGUGCUAGUCUUCCGCUUAAGAACAGAAGACCAGGUCGUCGGAAGGCGGAAAGAUCCCUUGGCAGUCGGCACAGAAACGGUCGCUCAGUCCGGUGGUACUUCCGCGGAGAUCGAGUCUGAUGUCGAGCUCAAAGCGAGACCCACGGGUGAUGUCUCGGCCCACCUCCCCACGCCCGACUCCACCUCUGCUAAGGAAUCCAAACAGAGAGGUGGCAGUAGUGGCAAGAUGAAGCGGAUCAUGACGACACCUGCUGUCCAUUACAUGGCAUUUUACAUCUGUAUCUAUGUUGGGGUGGAGGUCACGUUGGGCGGAUGGAUCACUGAAUUCCUGUUGAGCCAGCGCGGAGGCAACGAUAAUGCCGGAUACGUUACCACGGGCUACUUUGCUGGCUUGACCCUGGGUCGAGUCAUCUUGAUACCCGUUACUGGAUGGAUAGGCAAGCACAACGCCAUUUAUGUCUAUACCAUCCUCGCCAUCGCCCUAGAGAUCAUGGUCUGGACGAUUCCAAAUCUCGUAGCCAAUGGCGUGUUCUUCUCCCUCAUCGGUGUAGUCCUCGGACCAAUGUACCCCGUCGUCAUGAUGGUCGUCAUUGAGGUUUUGCCAGGCGAGCUUCAAGCUGGUAGUAUAGGUUGGAUCGCAUCGUUAGGUCAAGCGGGCAGCGCCAUGAUGCCAUUCAUCACGGGAGGUAUAGCCAACAAGUGCCGAUCUCGUAAAGCAAAGUGCGGCUCUUUACCCCCUGGAGCCUGUGACAAUUGUGCUAAACGCGGUUGGGAAUGUAUCUGGCCAGAAGAAGAUGGGAGGACAGCACGUUUCAGACCAGGGUAUAUCAAACGAAAUGACUCGUUACCGUCCGCUAGGAAUUCUAUGGAUGGUCCACCUGGGACUGCGGAGACGACAACCGCGCCGCCUAGGUCAACAGGUUUCAAUGAAGCGGGACCUUCAAGGUCGUCUUUGGGCCAAGCUGAGACAUCUCUCAUGACGGAUUGGAAUCGGUCCACCCAUAUGCGCGCCACGUCUCCGGGCAUUGCCCCCCCUCCGACCACGAGCACGAGCCACGAUCAUGCUCUCACUCGCGUGCCUUCUGGCCCUACCCCUGCUCCCCCUCCCCCUCCUCCUCCUCCUAUCAGUGCCAUUCCUCCCCACUUUCAACAUCAGCCCAUCGACCUCGAUCAAUUCGAUCAACAGUGGCGUGAUUGGAUCGUCCCUACACCGGGCCAAUCGCCUCGGAAAGAUUUACCUUCAUUAGGUCUCUCAUUAUCCGAUACCGAUGCUUUCCUUCAAAGUUUACUCCAAGCCGAGAGGAGUGAUCUUCACGUCCAGGUCAUGAUUGAUGGAUUGGCGGAAUCGUCUCGUGGAGUCGAGGUGGCAAGAAAGACGGGUGUCAUGCGUAUAAAGUAUAGGAGACCACAUGGACGGACAGCCUUCGUACCAGGCACGCUCGCGAUACCUAUCAAAGUGGUUUUACAGCCAAAUCAGAAUAUUCAAUCCCCAGCCACUACUUCAAGUUACAGUGGUUCAAGUCAAUUCGACCCGGACUUGCUCAAAAAUCUUGUAUCGACAUUCGCCAGUCAUUUGGGGACCCAGUACCCUUGUAUAGAUUGUCAUGAGCUGACAUUGGCCAUCGAUCGGGAUCCAGCUCCAAGCUUCCUCUUAUGCUGCGUAGCAGCGAUGGCCGCGAGAUUCUCGGAUGACCCUCGCUUGUCACUGUUCAAUACCAAAGCCAUCUCGAAUGGCGAUGUCUACUUUGACCGUGCCACGUCGAUGAUCGGUAGCGUUAUGAAAAUCCCAUUGAGAGAAACCGUCAUUGGGUUCGUGCUCUUGGCUAGCUGUGCCGACUCCGUGAGUGGACAGUGGAUGCUCGCUGGAGAUGCUACGAGAAUGGCGAUAGACUUGGGUCUACAUUUGAAUGAUCCAGACAACGAAGACACCGAGACUGUCCGACUUAAUCGUCUCUGCUUUUGGUCUGUCCUCCUUCUCGACUACACCGUGUCCAUCGGCGUCGGUCGAUCUACGUCUAUCCGACCGAAAUCCAUCACUCAACAACUCCCUACGCAUGCCGAUGUCGGUCAAUCUCCACUGACUCACGUCUUUCACAUGUUCAAGGCUUUCGGUCCGCUCAUCAACAUGCUCAAUUCGGAGGAACUCAAACUUCGCGAACCAGAAUUCAUGGACAGGCUGAGGGUGGAAAGAGCGUCCAUCUUGAGAUUAUAUCAGGAUCUACCGCCAGACAUGCAAUGGACGGGUGAAAACCUUCGAUACCACCAUCGGAUGGGUAACGGUGCCAUGUUCUUCCAUCUCCAUACUUGGAUCUACGUGAUUCUCUGUAGUAGUUCCAUGGCCUCUGCCGAAAUGACGGGUCCAGCCCAACUCGACAAGCUCAGUAUCUCCGGAGCCAAGUUGAUCGUCGACUAUCUCACCUUCUGCGAUUUGAUCGAUCCAGCUAUAUACUAUGUUCAACCAUUUCUUGGUCAACCGCUCUUCACAGCAGGCACCGUCAUCAUGGCAGAGCUCAAUCGAUCCAAAGAAGGACCUUUGGACCAAGAUGGCAGUACGAUGCUCGAGGCCAUUGCGCACGCUCAAAUCGAUACGAUCAAACGGGCCAUUAUCAAAUUGUCUGAAUUUUGGCGAGGAGCAAGACUCGUCGAGACGGCCAUGGAGGAGUGUAUCCGGGGUGGAACAGAACGUGACAAGAUAUGGGUGGAGAAUGAUUCCUACGCUGUAGAGGUGUAUGACUGGAGUUUACCGAAUCGGUAUAGGUCAGAUGGCGCGCAGGUCAAUUGA